AUGCACCUCCGCGAUCUAUCCCUUCUCAAGGGGGUCGAACUCCUGGAUUCCCAGAAUAAAACACUUCAAGAUCAGUCCAUUUUUGAAGUUAUCGACCCAGCGACAUUGAGCCCGAUUGCUCAUGUGGCUGAUCAAGAUGCUGCUUAUUGUACCGCAGUUGUGGCCGAGGCCGUGAAGGCAGCAGCCGAGUUGCGAGCGAUGACAGGCAGAAUGAAAGCAGCAUUAUUACAAAGAUGGUUUGAAUUGAUGAAUGAUGCAGCUGAUGAUCUCUGUCGCAUCAUCACUCGCGAAAAUGGCAAACCGCUAGCAGAAGCGCAAGGGGAAGUAAAAUAUGCCUCCGAAUUUCUUUGGCGGUUUGCCGGUGAAGCCCAACGCCUCAACGGCCAGGUCAUUUCCAGCUCUAAUGCUGGCCAUCGUGUUGUCACCAUCAAGCAGCCUAUCGGAGUUGCUGGCCUAGUGACACCUUGGAACUUUCCUGCUGCAAUGGUAACGAGGAAGGUCGGAGCCGCGUUGGCUGCAGGCUGUCCUUGUGUCCUGAAGCCAGCCGCUGAGACACCAUUGACGGCAAUAGCCCUGGCAGAGUUGGCGCGGCGUGCUGGGUUCCCCAAAGGGUCUUUCAGCGUUGUGACUACUAUGGCUCAUACAAUUGAAGUCGGAAAGGUUUUAACGCAGCAUCCCGAUAUCCGCAAGUUCUCGUUCACUGGUUCCACUGCCGUGGGGAAGCUUCUUGCAGCCCAAUGUACAUCCACCGUGAAACGGACCAGCAUGGAACUUGGGGGAAAUGCGCCAUUCCUUGUGUUUGAUGACGCUGAGCCCAAUUUUGAGAAGGUUGUUGAAGGGAUAAUGCAAAGUAAAUUCCGUCUGUCGGGUCAAACAUGUGUCUGUGCAAACAGGGUAUAUGUGCAGGCAGGUAUUCAUGAUCGUCUCGUUCAGGCCUUGCAGGAUCGAGUCAAGGCCUUAGUCGUUGGCCCUGGUGAGGAUCCAAAAACAACUAUGGGCCCUCUGAUUUCCGGAAAAGCGGUUGGUAAGGUUCUGGCUCAUGUUCAAGAUGCUUGUAUGAACGGUGCCACUGUUCUUGUUGGAGGACAGCGGCCGAAAGGCCUCUCUGAAAGUUUCUGUGAGCCGACUCUACUCGUAAAUGUGAAGUCAGACGCAUUGUGCGCACGGGAGGAAACAUUCGGGCCACUUCUGCCAAUAAUCAAGUUCGAUACUGAAGCGGACGUCAUUAAGAUGGCCAAUUCUGUGCCAGUUGGGCUCGCUGCCUAUUUUUUCACAGGAAACAUAGCACAAGCUUGGCGUGUUGCGGAAGCGAUGGAGGUUGGCAUGGUCGGUGUGAAUACUGGACUUAUCAGCGACCCAGCAACACCAUUUGGCGGUGUCAAGGAGAGCGGCCAGGGCCGCGAAGGAUCAACGCUUGGAGUGGAAGAAUAUCUCGAGACCAAGAGUAUUACGAUAAAUAUUGAUCCAUGA